UUGACUGUAGUGCUCCUAGACAUAAGCAGCAGCAGCAGCAGCAGCCGCUAUUGGUAAAUUACAGUUAGGCGAGCUUCAGCUGAACUAGUCGUCAGCUCUGUCAGUCGCUGGAUUUGGCUGUGAUGUGUAGUGUUUGUUAUAAGCUGAACUCUCCACUUCCUAAUGCUAGCGCCGGCGUGUUGUGUGUACAGGAUACACACACAAGCUUUAUUCUAAUCAACGAAAACAUUUCUUUUCAUUUACAAACAAGGAAUUGACUGUAUGUGUAGAUAAUUUUUUUAAUCGAAUUUAGAGUGCAGAAGUAAAAUUUCAAAAACAAAGCAAAAAAAUUAAAAAAAGAACUUUAUUUUAAGUUGUAAUUUAUUAUAUCUAUUUUAAUGUUAUUCGAAACACUACGCAAACGUUUUCUGUUAGAAUACACAGUGUUGGUCUUAUCCAGUGAAGAUCUUUGACUUCAGUUUCCUUUACAUCUGCUUAUUCCAUCAUGUCGUCCCCUCCACAGAGAUUCACUGUCGUAGAAGCUGAUGAAGAAGUCCCACUUGGCGAGGUUGGUGAAUCAAGUCCAACUAAAGGUAAUGACAGCAAGGGGAACCAACAGCGCGAUUAUGGAUCUGUACCUUCAUCUUCUCCAACAUCCCCAUCCGGAGAAAUACCAACUAUUAGAAUCAUUGAUGACAACAACGGGAAAUCUGCUAACUACGUGGAUCCUUUUGAUGAUGAUGAAACUCCAAAUCCAAUAUUUUCAAAUAAAUAUGGUGAAAACACUCAGAAUCGAGAGCAUGAACCAUUGACCGAUAACAAUGACGAUAUUGGACAUCAUCAGUUGGCUCUUUAUGAGGAAGAUUUACAACGAAGAGGUAAAGUUUCGAAUAUUAUCAAUCGAAUUGGUAAUUACCAAGCAGGAAUUGCUCCUAACCUCGAAGAGGAAGAGGCUGCACCAAAAAAGAGCAAGGGAGCCAAGCUAGGAACAUUGAUGGGAGUGUACCUGCCCUGCAUUCAAAAUAUAUUCGGUGUUCUGCUGUUUGUACGCAUGACCUGGAUUGUAGGAUCUGCUGGUGCCAUAGAAAGUUUUUUGAUAGUGAUCGUCUGCUGUUCCACGACAUUACUAACUUCAAUCUCCAUGAGUGCUAUUGCCACUAAUGGUGUAGUUCCUGCUGGAGGGUCAUAUUUCAUGAUAUCAAGGUCUCUGGGACCAGAGUUUGGUGGUGCUGUUGGUAUUUUAUUCUAUCUUGGCACUUCUGUAGCAUCGUCGAUGUACAUCAUUGGUGCUGUGGAAAUUUUACUAACAUAUAUUGCACCCCAGAUGUCAAUAUUUGAUGACAUGUAUCACAACUUUCGAAUAUAUGGAACAGCUACAUUAAUUUUACUGUCCACUUUCGUCUUUAUUGGUGUCAGAUUUGUCAGCAAGUUUGCCACCCUUUCGUUGGCCUGUGUCAUAUUGUCCAUUAUUAGUAUAUAUAUUGGAAUAUUUGUCACCAAUGAGAAUCGAAGUAUAAAAAUCUGUAUAAUGGGUGACCGUUUACUAACUCUUGAGUCGGUCACAGCCAAUGGAUCCAUUUGGUGUGAUAAAAAUAUCUCAGGCCCUAUCUAUGCACACUAUUGUGGUGAUGGAAAUACAAGUGACAGUUGCAACUAUUUUUUUGCCAAUCAAGUUCGUUAUGUUCCUGGUAUACCUGGCAUUGCAAGUGGUCUAUUUGAAACUAAUGCUUUCAGUAAAUACUCAAAAAUUAAUGAUGUUCCUGGGAGUUCUGAUGCAGGAGAUGCUGCUAGAGGAGAAAUCAUUGCAGAUAUUACUACCACAUUCAUGGUGUUGCUAGCUAUUUAUUUCCCAUCAGUCACCGGUAUCAUGGCUGGUUCAAAUCGUUCCGGAGAUUUAGCUGAUGCACAGAAAUCGAUCCCAACAGGAACUGUGGCUGCUAUUAUGACCACAUCAUUGGUCUAUAUAACAUCGGUCUUCUUUUUUGCUGCCUGUGUUGAAGGACCUUUAUUAAGGGAUAAAUUUGGUGAAAGUAUAAAUGGUGGCCUUGUGGUAGCUAAUCUAGCCUGGCCCAAUGAAUGGGUUAUUCUUAUUGGCUCCUUCUUAUCAACUCUUGGUGCUGGAUUGCAGAGUUUAACAGGAGCUCCUCGUGUCCUGCAAGCAAUUGCAAAGGAUAGUGUCAUACCUCUUUUAGAUAUCUUCAGUGUGACCACAAAGAAAGGAGAGCCGUUUCGAGCAUUGCUGUUGACAGCUGCAAUAUCUGAAAUUGGAAUUAUUAUUGCCAGUCUUGACUAUGUGGCACCCAUCAUUACAAUGUUCUUUUUGCUAUGUUAUGGAUUUGUUAACAUGGCCUGUGCCCUUCAAACCUUGCUACGGACACCAAACUGGCGACCACGUUUUAGAUUUUAUCAUUGGACUCUUUCUUUACUUGGGCUUGGUCUUUGUAUAUCUCUUAUGUUCAUAUCAAGCUGGUAUUAUGCUUUGGCAGCCCUUUUCCUUGCAUUAUGUAUUUACAAAUACAUUGAAUAUAAAGGUGCUGAAAAAGAAUGGGGAGAUGGAAUUCGCGGACUUGCUAUGUCUGCUGCAAGAUAUGCGUUGCUCAGAUUACAAGAAGGACCACCUCAUACCAAAAAUUGGAGGCCCCAGUUACUUGUUCUUAUGAAACCAGAUGAAAAUUUGAAACCAAUGUAUCCAAAACUAGCAACACUUGCAACUCAGUUAAAAGCUGGUAAAGGACUGAUUCUAGUCUCCAGUGUACUUGAAGGAGAUUUUAGAAAAACAUUUGCUAAAUCUCAAGCUGCUAAACAAGCACUUGAUCAUUUGAUGGAUACAGAAAAUAUUAAAGGUUUUGCAGAUGUAUUAGUGGCAAAAAGUGUGAUUGAGGGGUUAUGUCACCUAACCCAAACAGCUGGCCUCGGUGGUUUGAAACAUAACACAAUUAUGAUCGGAUGGCCCUAUGGAUGGAGACAUAGUCCUGAGCAGAAGAGCUACAGGGUCUUUAUAGACACCAUCAGGAAUGUUGCUGGUGCCCAGUUGGCCUUAAUGGCUGUAAAAGGCAUUAACCAGUUCCCAGAUAACACGCAAAAACUUACCGGAACCAUAGAUGUCUGGUGGAUUGUUCAUGAAGGAGGUCUUUUGAUGUUGUUGCCCUUCCUGCUUAGACAACACAAAGUCUGGAAAAACUGCAAAUUACGGAUCUUCACAGUAGCCCAACUGGAAGAUAACAGUAUUCAAAUGGAAAAGGAUCUUAACCAAUACAUGUAUAACUUACGUAUUGAAGCUGAAGUUAAAAUAGUUGAGAUGAGUAAUUCUGACAUAUCUGCUUAUACCUAUGAACGAACCCUUAUGAUGGAACAAAGAACAGAACUGCUGAGUAAUAUGAGACUGCAGAAGGAAACGGCUCAGUCUAUAAUUGAUCGUGCUCAUAACCCUACUUCUCUGGAGUCAAAAGAUGCGACAUUGGAAACAGUUGUUGAAGAGGCCAUUGAAUUCAAUGAUGCUGCCAAUUCACUAGAACUUGACCGAAGUCAAUACACAUUUUCUCCAUCAGAAGCAAAAUCACUUGGAAAAGAAUUAGGGAAAGAACUUUUCCAAAUGAAACCUGAUAAAAAGAAUGUACGAAGAAUGCACACAGCAGUAAAACUGAAUGAAGUAAUUGUUGAGAAAUCCCAUGAAGCACAGCUUGUCAUAUUAAACCUACCAACACCUCCCAGAACUGAAUCUGGAGAACAAAACUAUAUGGAAUUCUUAGAAGUUCUCACGGAAGGUCUGGAUCGUGUAGUAAUGGUGCGUGGCAGUGGUCGGGAAGUUGUCACAAUAUAUUCUUAAUCAAGAAAUACAGCUGCUGAAAUGGACUCCAGAUUUGUUGUAAACUGAAGCUCAUUUUUCCUCCCACCCACCUAUUCUUUCCCAUUUACCACCUCCUCUCUUGUACUGCUGACACUGAAGUUGAACACGAACAAAAAUUGCUGAUUAACAAAACUAGCUGUUGUUUCUUAAUUAGAAAUGUCUAAAAUAGAUAGAUCCUGAAUUCCUAUGAAUAUGGAACUAACAGGAAUGUAUUUUUGGCAGUGACUGACAUACAAUGUUGAAAAAGGAAGUUAUACUCUAAUUAUUACCUCCCUUGUCUCUGUAUACAUCACAUAUAUGAGACAAACCCAACAGCAAUAGUGUUUGAUAUGGUGAGAGGAUUAAAAAUGAAUUUUGACAAAAAAAAACGUAUCGGUUAACUUUCCCCUAUUGGAGUAUUUUUUAAAAGGAAUUGCUGUCUAUGAUUUUUUAAUCACGAUUUUACUUUGUUUCUUUUUUGUUUUUGUUUUAAUCCACCUUUCUGUUAAUGUGUUAUUUUAAUGGAAAGGUUUCUGCUGAUCAGAUAAUCCUGACUGGUGGUUAAUUAUUGCUGCAAAACUUUUAAAAUCAUUUUUGUUGGGUUGUAUUUAUAUUUUAUUUUUCAAUUUUAAGUGUUUAUAAUUCAUUUCUUUUUCUAAAUUAUUUUUUCCUCUCCUUUUCUUCUUCAAAAAUAAUUUGAAAUGUUUAUUUUGUUACCAAAGAAAUAGACAAAUCUGAUUUAAUAGCAAUACCAAAUAUGUUUUUUAUUCUAACAUUUUUUUUUUUAAUUUUGCUGCCAUAUGGUCAUCUAUAAACUCACCGAGAAACCAAAUUUGUUUAUUUAAAUGGAAUUAUUCUAAAUGUGAUACCUCUCCAACACUUUAUCCAUAAAUAAAGAAAACCCAAGACUAUCAGGUGUCAUAUUAUUUUUUAAAAGAACCUUCUAUAGGAGCCACUGUACAUUGACUGUCUUUAUUCUGUACAAGGUGUCAUUUAAGAUAGCAAAAUCUUUUUCUUCAUUAACUUCUCAAUCUUAAAGAAUCCUCUGUAAGAGAAGAAAUAUCCCAACAUUCUAAAUUCUAUUUUUUGACUACUAGGAUACACAUUUUGUUGGAAAAAAAUUCUGUGUACUGACACAAGCAUAUUCUUUCAUUUAUUGGCAGCUAUUCUAGGGAUAAUUAUUUAAAUAUUGUGAUACACACUUGUAGGAAUUUUUUAUAGCCAUCUCUUCUUUCUUUCCAUAUGCACAUGCAUUUUUUUUUAAUGUGCCAUAGGUCCUUGUAUGUAUGAAGAAAUAUUACUUUUGGUCCGAUGCUAUUUCUUCAAUUUCAUAUUAGGAACUUAUCCAAUAUGUUAGUCAAUGAAACCUGUUUAUUAUCUGUUCUCUAUCAAUACUAUAAAAACCCUCCUUAAACAUCUUUAGGUCAUUGGUAGUAUAGUAAUACUGCUUUGAUACUGUUUCAACUUUGAAUAACCUCUUGAUAAUUUCCUUUUAGUAUUUUAAACAACAAUAAAAUAAGAAACUGCAUUGCACAUUUAAAGUGCUUGACAAAAUCUGAUGGCUUUAGGUUAAUAAUAAUAAUAACAAUAAAAAUGUUCAAUAAAAGUUUUUUACACUUUUUUUACAUAUCUAUUUGACCGAUCUUAUAGAAACAUUUUAAAACUGCUAGAUCUUAAAUCUAUAGUAUAAACAAAAGUCUAAAACUGCCAGGGCUUAGAUUUAUAUCAGCAAAAACUAUGAUACAAAUUGCUUAAGAAAAGUUUUUGGAAUUGUAGCUUUUCUCCUUACCUUUGAUUUUGUAACGUUGAUAUAAAAACUGUCAUAUUUUGAUUUUAUAUAUGUAUAUAUAAUAGGGUCUUUGUUUUCUUAUUUUACUUUGUGCUGCAUUUUAGCUUCUGUUGUUUUUGCCCCAUUUGCAUAAAACAAUUUUUUCAACCCUUUUAUCAACAUCUGUUCUCUUUUAGUUCCUAUGGGUUUUAAAUACAUCGAUUUAUAAGAGAGAUGGCGGGUGGGGGUAUAAGACUUUAAUAAAAAGCCAUUACAAAUCACUGCUGAUUAAGUUAAUCAAUGAUACAAAAACAUAGAUGAGUAUAACAAUAGUGUUGUCUGAUCAGUUACAAGAUGAUGAACUGUGAUCAAAAUAAAAUAUGUACAAAGAUAACAUCAUUUCUUUUUCUCUUUAAUAAAACUCACACAUUAGAGAUGAAUGUUAUAUUGAAACUGAAUUUCAUCAUUUAUCAUUUGUCUUGCCAUUUUUCUUCUUAAACCACCGUCUAAAAUUGAAUUCACAAUUAGUAUAUUGAUAUGCCAAUCAGGGAAAAAUAUCUCAGAUGGUUUCUUUAUGUGCUCUAGUUACAAUGCAAACUUAUUGAUGAUGGUAUAUACAGAAACAUUACAACCAGCACUGUUUGCUUAAGCAUCUGAGAAAAAAUAGACAGAGAAAGAGACAAACAUUAUUGUCCAAAACUAUAUAAGAAAACAAAGCAAAUUACCUGAACAUACAUAAACUAGUAAUAUUUUUUUACUUUUCCAUUUAUUUUUCACAUAAAGAUUUCUUGUGACAUCGAAAACUCUCAAAUCACAUUGAUUCUAAAGGUUUUAGUCUUAUUUAUUUGCAUUGCUAUCAUUGAGAUAUCUAAUUUAACUGUUUCAUACAUCUACAAAGUGUACUAUACCAUAUCUAUCGUUAUAUGUUUCUUUUCCUUAACAUCAAUAAUUUCAUGCAUAUUCUAACAUAUUUCUACCACAUAUUAGUAACAUUUCUACAUGUUUUUGCCACUUGAUGCAAAUGUUUACAUAUUUUUGCCAUUUGGCAGAAGCAGCUCUUCACAUUUAUGUCAUCUGGAAGAAACAGCAUUAUACAUAUCUAUCAUGUGGUGGAAAUAUUUCUAAAUAUUUCUGCUACUUCAUAGUAACAGCUCUACACAUUUAUCACUUGAGUAGAAACAACUCUAUACAUGUCUACUACAUUGUAGAAACAACUCUACACAUUUCUAUUACUUUGUAGAAAUAACUCUAUACAUUUUUAUCAUUUGGUAGAAACAGCUCUCAACAUUUCUACCACUUUGUACAAAUAGCUCUUUACAUUUCUAUCAGUUGGUAGAAAUAAUCCAUACAUUUCUGUCAUCUGAUUGAAAUAACUCAACAUGUUUCUGUCCUAUGGUUCGAAACAACUCUUCACAAUUCUGUCACUAAACAGAAGCAUUUCUACAUGUUUCUAUCAUUUGGAAACAACAGCUCUACAUAUUUCCAUCAGCUUGUAGCAACAUCUUUAUACAUGUCUACUCCUUGGUAGCAAUGUUCCAAUACAAAGCAAUGCAACAAACAUGUUUCUACCACUUUGUAACAGCUCAAAAUGUAACAUCAGAUAUUUUCUGCCACUGAUAAAUAAACAUCUCUGUAUGUAUAUUCAGCACAUUAUCAGCUCUUGGUAAUUAUGAAUUUUAGACUUGUUCUUUACUACAUUUCUACAUUUUAGUCAUAAAGGUCUGUUACUGUGUAGAUCUAAGUCUUUUUGUUCUGUGAGUUAUCUUUCCUUUUUUCAUUUUUCUGUGCUUUUUCAUGAAAUCAAAAUACAAUUUUUUUUGUAUUGUUUCUCUGUCUACACAAAAGAAAUCAAAACAAAUGGAAUUGUUCCAGAAAUCUCUAUGUGGUUGUUGCUACUGUGAUCCAAAAUGUUACUCAGCUGUAAAAACAGAGGUAAGCAGUUGAGCCAUUGAUUCCCAACUUCCCCCUCCCAAUAUAUACAUACACACAUACAAACUUAUUUUAUUCUAAUCAGUAGUUAUUGGAGAAAGAAUUUUCACUAAAUAUUUGUUGAAGGAAAACUAUGAUAGGGCCAUUCUUUAAAAGAUUUCUACAUAUUCUUACACACCAAAAAAAAAGAAGGCAGUAGACUAAAUCUUUUAAAGUAUUUAGGUUUAUCCUUCUACAUUCUGUAUUCAACUCUCAUGAGGAUCGAUUUCAUCUCUCAUUUCUCCAACGUCUAUAAAAUAAAUAAUUAUAGUACAUAAAUAAUAUUUACUCACCUUGAUUCUAACCAAAUUUUGAUAUGGAGACAAUGUUAGAAAUUUUUAUUAUUCUUACAAAAAAAAAAAAAAAGCAGGAAGGAAAAAAUACAAAAUACAUAGGAAAUGAAUAAUAUGAGGCUAUUUUACAAUUUGAAAACAAAUUAUUAUAAUAUUUGUAAAUUUUCAUAUUACUUAAUUUCUGCCAUUGAGAAUGGUAUGAAUAUCAAUCACUCUCAUUUCUUUUUCUCUGGAAAAGUGAGGACUUAAGCCUAUAUAAAAUUAUUUUGAUACAAAUAUAUAGUAAAGGAAUGUACUGAACAAAGAUAUUUAAGUUUGAAACUAUUAUUGAUAGGAAUAAAAUAUCUUGAACGUGG